AUGCUUUCGAGAAUAUGGGAUUCUUAAGCAUAAGCUUUCUGAGGAUAUUCUAAGAUGCUUUGCUAGGAGAUAUUCUUAAGCAUAUGCUUUCCGAGAAUAUGUAAGAUUCUUAUAUUGAUCUCGGUUUAGGGCUCACAGGGGAGCAAAGAUCGAGACAAAAUGCGGCCGACACCGAUCGAUGAUCUGCGGGACAUGGACGGGAAUGGAGGCGGCGAUCGGCCGCAUGCGGUGGUAUUCCCGUUUCCAUCGCUGGGCCACAUCAUCCCGAUGAUGCAUCUCUCCUGCCGGUUGGAAGCGCUGGGGUUUCUCAUCACUUUCGUCAACACGGAGCACAACCAUCUCCGGAUCCUUCACGCAUGGAGGGCGAGACGAAUCCCGCUGCCGCAGGAGCACGAAGUUCACAUCAAUAUGGUGGGGCUGCCCGACGCCAACAUGCCUUCUCUCGAGACUAUCAACGUGUUUGAGGCGAUCAUGUCCACAGACAGGCUCCGCGGCGCUUUCGAGAGAUUGAUCGGCAAGCUGGUGGAGAGCCAGGGCUGUCCUCCAGUUUGUAUCAUCGCGGAUGGAUUUCUUUCGUGGACUCAAGACAUUGCUCAGGACUUUAGUCUCCAGUGGGCCGUUUUCUGGGCAUCGUCCACAGCAACGAGCUUGAUCUCUACGCACAUUCCAGACUUGAUGGAAAGAGGCCUCGCACCUUUGAAAGCUGAAAACGAGCAUAGCUACAUUUCGUUCAUAGACGGUAUGCCAACGAUAUCUUCCAGUGAUCUCCCGACUUCCAUCGCCAGGCAGGAUCGGUAUGAUCCUGGUUUUAGGCAUAGAAUCGAGAGGAUACAACGUGUGAAGCGAGCUGACUGGAUCUUUGCUAAUACUUUCAUGGCUCUGGAGCACAACGAGCUCCGGGCCAUGCAAGGGCGGGUCCAGAACAAGCUCCUCCCAGUUGGUCCGGUUCUCUCGCUUGGGUUCUUAGAAAUCAGUGACGGAACGGCAGAUAUCGAGAUCACCAUCGAUGAUUCUGUGGAAGACGACAGGUGUAUAGACUGGCUAGACAGACAAGGAGCUCUUUCGGUGGUGUAUGUCUCUUUUGGCAGCAUCGCUCAUCUCUCUGGACGGCAGCUGGAACAGGUCGCUCAAGGAUUGAAGGCUUGCUCUUACCCGUUUCUGUGGGUGAUACGGAACGAGCUGGUCCAGACUAUGUCAGCUGACGUUCGAAACGCUUUCACGGAGAAAGUUAGAGGCCGCAGUCUCGUGAUUCCAUCAGCUCCGGCUCGCGUGCUCAAACAUCCUUCAUUGGGAGCUUUCGUGACGCACUGCGGAUGGAAUUCUACGCUGGAAGGCAUCAGCGUGGGGCUUCCAAUGCUGUGCUGGCCGUGCUUCGCUGACCAGAUGCUAAACUGCCGCUACAUCGUCAAGGAGUGGAGAAUAGGAAUCGAGUUUGCGAAGGCAGCAACUGGUUUGGUGGACAAGUCAGAAGUUGAAAGGGUGGUGAGGGCGGUGUUAGAGGGAGACCAAGGUCGGCAGAUCAGGCGAAGGAUUCGCUCCUUGAGAGACGCCGCAAGAACUGCAUUGAUGGCCGGGGGACUUUCACGAAAAAGUUUGGAAGAGUUCGCAGAGGCUAUGAAGUCUGAGAUGCGAUCCAGCUUUUUUUUCUAGCCUGUCUACUGGCAUGGCGGUAUGGGGGGCUGACAACCAUGUUACUUCGACUUAACUAUACCAAUCGUUUUGAGAUCAAGUCAACAAAGGCGGACAAGUUCCUAUCGGAUGACCCACCUUCUGUCACGGUACUUCUAAUCUCAUUUCUAAGUUCUAUGGCUCUUUUCCUGA